CAAAGUCAUUGGUUAACGUAUUAUAUCUGGACACUCAAGCAUUCUAGACUUCUACUUCGGAGAGUUUUCACCUACAGAACAGUCAAAGAACAAUUUCUAAGCUGACCUCUCGGCCAGUGGCAGACCAGUGCAUCCCAUAGAAAUGAGUGUCCUGCAUUUCGGUGCUGUGUUGUCUUCCUUCAUCAGCCUUCUGUGCCUGAUCCUUGCCUUGGCCACAGACUAUUGGAUAGCCAAUAGUCUAAUCGGAACCCGUCUGGGUCUAUGGAAAUUUUGUAAGGACCAUGAAUGUUACCCACUUGGUGUGGAAUUUGUGUCAGGUUCUUUACGUGCCGUCCAAAGCUUCAUGUUUCUGGGGAUGAUUAGUGGCAUUGUCUCUCUCGGUGGGCUUUGUGUCCUGUUUUGGAAACCCCUUCUUGGCAAAAUCUCCAUGAGCAGCACUGCAUUGUAUGGCAGCUUUUCUGCAGGCCUCUGCGUCAUGAUUGCCAUGUCCAUUUUCACAGGACAAACUGCCGCCACCUACUAUGGAUGGUCUUUUGGCUUGGGUUGGGCCUCUUUUCCUUUGUAUCUUCUAACUGGUGGUCUUGCUUAUACAUUGCAUAGGAACCUCUCGGCCAGUGGCAGACCAGUGCAUCCCAUAGAAAUGAGUGCCCUGCAUUUCGGUGCUGUGUUGUCUUCCUUCAUCAGCCUUCUAUUUCUGAUCCUUGCCUUGGCCACAGACUAUUGGAUAGCACAUUCCGGAACCCGACUGGGUCUAUGGAAUACUUGUCAAGACCAAACAUGUUUCCCACUUAGUGUGAAAUUGGUGCCAGGUUCUAUCCAUGCCAUCCGAAUUUUCAUGUUUCUGGGGCUCAUUAGUGGCGUUGUCUCUCUCGGUGGGCUUUGUGUCCUGUUUUGGAAACCCCUUCUUGGCAAUAUCUCCAUGAGCAUCACUGCAUGUCUUGCCAGCUUUACUGCAGGCCUCUGCGUCAUGAUUGCCAUGUCCAUUUUCACAGGACAAAUUGCCAGCACCUACUAUGGAUGGUCUUUUGGUUUGGGUUGGGCCUCUUUUCCUUUGUAUCUUCUAACUGGUGGUCUUGCUUAUACAUUGCAUAGGAGUACAGCAGCAACAGCGUAGGAGAAAUAUGACACUGUCCUUGGAGAUGACCAGUGAAACUGAAUUGGUAACCUGGAGGCACAGAUCGGAAUUAUUGGUCCUGUACCAAACUUAUAAGAUGAAGGAUGAAGGCAGAAGAACUACUUUAAAUGCCAUACAUUCCCAGCCCCUCCCCAUCCCAUUUUUUCUCUAAAAUAUUCAGAUUGUUUCUCCCUGAAGUCCGUUUGGAUAUGUAAAUCUUAAGAAUUUUGGGAGACUUCUGAAAGCAGGUCCCACAAAGCAGGAUUUCUCCUCUUCUCCCUUAUUUUCUGUUCCAGAAAGCCAAAGGUGCUA